GUUGGCAUUCCUUUGUUCGCGAUUUGACAGUUGGAAGAAGAAGAACGCGCGUAGUUCGCGUUAGUUAUGACAGAAGCGAGUUAACCUAUCGAUAAAAUGAAUUGAGGGCAGAUUUUUCGUUGAUAUAGCUUAGAUUUGUGAUAAUUGGACGCAAUGGAGGCGAAGUACGGCCUGUUGUACAGCGCGUACGAAAUAUCCUGUUGGCGUAUGUCGUUUCCGCGUUUCGCUGUCACAACUUGCGCGAUCCCGUUGCUGGCGUUUGUUUUUUGCAUCGUCUACUCCGUCCUUUUGAAUUUCGAAAGUGCCACAUUCACGCAUUGCCAAGUUUACAAUAUUCUUCCAUCGAUAUCGUCUGCGAUCGGGAAUUUUACGCCUCAAAAGGAAGUGUGGCAAAUCGCAAUCACAAUGCAGGCCCUUCCCAGGUUUUUCAUAGCCUACCUGUAUUUCCAACACAACUCUCAUCUGCUGUACAGCCGGGAUUUGUGGCUCAGCUACAUCAACUUUGCCUUGAAUGUUAUCGAGAACAUUGCUUUAAUUACCCUCUCGUAUUUUACUUCUUCCAAGUUUUAUGCUGUUCAUGAAAAGGCUUUUGUCUGUUUUCUAAUUGGAUCAGUGUUUUAUAUGAUUUUUACAUGUGUAAUUCAAAGCAGGGCCAAAAAACAAAACAGGGUCAGCCUGAAAUGGAAAAAACGGUGUUUGGGCACAAAUCUUAUUUGUAUUUUAUUAUCCACUUACAUGUUCAUGAGGCACAAUUCGUUAUGUGAACCAUACAUUUACUCCUUGUUUGCAAUGUUUGAAUAUAUUGUUGUUUUAUCAAACAUGGCAUUCCACAUAACAGCAUUUUUGGACUUUGAAAAUAAGGAUGUCGUUUUCUACAAGUAUGGUUUGGACAUCACGGAGAGAUAAUAUUUGGUUAUUUAGCUAGUCAUUUAAUUAACAAUUGGUAAUUCUCGAUAUAGUGACAUGCAAACAUUUUUGAAAUUUUUUGGAUUUGUAAGUUUUGCUAAAAAUAAUACAAUGCUGUAAAAAUAAUCCUAAAAAGUUUUAUAAACAUUACGAAUGUUUUGAGGAUUAUUUACUAGCAACUUGAUGCACCAAGGUUUUUAAAAACAUUUUGUAUUUUUAAAAGUAUUGAACAACAUGUGAUUUUUAUAUUAUUAUUUAUUACCUAUAACAUAAGGACAAUUUUUUAAAUUAUCGGGUUGAAUUGUGAAAAAAGUGAGUUAUUCAAUAAUCAAGUGAGUUGUGAUAAUUGUGAAAAAAAUAAAAAUGAACUAUUUUUGCAAUUUUAAAUUGUGUUCAAUAGGUGUUUCUUCUUUUUAUGAAAUAUUGUAAAAACUUCUUGUAAACUAUUUCUAUUAUUAUCAUAGGGUUUAUAGAGGGUUAAGAAGGCUAUUCUUAGAGCUGAAAGUUGGCCCAAUUCCAAUUUUUUGUGAGAAACUUUUUGAAUUGUUUAUAAAGGCUAUUCCAACAAAACUUUAAUUUGUUUUUGUUUUGUUUUCCAAAUAAAAUUUAAGUUUCUGUUGGAUCUCCUUUAUAUGAAUAUAAAAAAUUGAGGAUACAGGAUGGUGCAAAAUAAUCUUCCAUUCUUUUUUAAGGUUAUUUUGUCACCCUGUAGAUAUUUAAUAUUGAAUUUUUUUAAAUAUUUACAGUUCCUUUUUAAUUGUAAAAAUUUGCCAUUCCAUAUCAAAAAAUCCUAUUCUUGUAAGAAGUUUUAUUUUUAAACAAGAAAAAUAUUCC